AUGUCCUCAAAACAAACCAACACGUUUAGUCCCGCUGGCGAACAGGCCAAACAGGGCGCGUCCAAAACACAACCGGGCGCAAGCACCUUGAAGUCACAAAAGGACCCUACCUCUGGCUGGAGUAUCGAGGAGAUGCUCGAGACCGGAAUGGAUAAGGAUGGAAACAUCGUCUCGGACCCCUACUCCUAUAUCGACGGUGCUAAGCUGAGUAAAGGCCAGCACGGUCACCCGGAAGCGGACGAAGUGUCUGCAUCGCUCGACGACUUCGACUAA